AUGCCACCACCCUCAAUACUCCACAAAAGCUCCCUCCUCACAGCCCAGCACAGCGCAGGGCAUGUCCACCUCAUCAUCGGCGCGAAUCCCCUCGCCGCAGCCCGCGCCGCCUCCUCCCUCGCGGCAGGUGCAAAACCAAUCCUCAUCGCGCCCGUCUCCUCCACGCCAGGAUCAGAUCCCCAGCUCCACUACAGCCUCACCGCCCUCAUCGCCGCGGGCUCCCUAACACACCUCCCGCGCCUCUUCUCCCCGUCCGACCUCUUCAGCCUGGGCAGGGAGGAAGUCGACCACGUGGUCGACGCCGUGUUUAUCACCUCGGCCUCGCCCCCUGCAGAGGAGGUUUCGAGGCUGUGCAGGCGGCAUCGCAUACCCGUCAACGUUGUCGACGCGCCCGAGCUGUGCUCGUUUAGUUUGCUGAGCGUGCACGUCGACGGGCCGCUGCAGAUUGGCGUCACCACCAACGGGCGCGGGUGCAAGCUUGCUGGGAGGAUCAGGAGGGAGGUGGCAGCGGGGCUGCCGCAGGGUUUGGGCGCUGCCGUGGAGAGGUUGGGCGAGAUGAGGCGGAGGGUGUUGGCUGAGGCUGCUGAGGGGGCGAAGAUUGGGGAUGGGAUGGUUCAUCUUGCGGAAGGGGUGGACGACUCGGUGGAUCAACCUGCGGGGUUGAAUAAGUUGGUGCUGGAGGGGGAUGCCGAGGCGGCCAAGACGAGGAGGAUGAGGUGGCUUGCGCAGGUGUGCGAGUACUGGCCGUUGAAGAGGCUGGCCGAGAUUGGGGAGGAGGACGUCGAGGGGAUUUUAAGGUCGUACCCUGGAACGACGCCAACGUCGUCCCCCGGUGGUGGGUUCAGCAAGCCCUGUGGCGGCCAACGCGGUCGCGUCAUUCUUGCCGGCAGCGGCCCGGGCCAUCCAGACCUUCUCACCCGAGCCACCUACAAGGCAAUUCAAACGGCAGAUCUGAUUCUUGCCGACAAGCUCGUCCCUGCUGGCGUGCUCGAUCUAAUCCCACGGCGCACCCCCGUGUCCAUCGCCCGAAAGUUCCCCGGCAACGCCGACCGCGCCCAGGAAGAACUCCUCGAGCAGGCGCUGGACGGGGUGCGUGCCGGCAGGACCGUCCUCCGCCUCAAGCAGGGCGAUCCAUUCAUCUACGGGCGCGGCGGGGAGGAGGUCGCUUUCUUCCGGCAGCACGGGCUGGGGGACCGCGUGGUCGUUCUGCCCGGUAUCACCAGCAGCCUCAGCGCCCCGCUGUUUGCUGGUAUCCCGCCCACGCAGAGGGAUGUUGCGGACCAGGUGCUCGUUUGCACGGGCACAGGGAAGAAGGGCAAGGCGCCGCAGCCGCCCGAGUAUGUGGGGAGCAGGACGGUGGUGUUCUUGAUGGCCUUGCACCGGAUUGAGGGCUUAGUGGCUGAGUUGACAGGUUACACCGAGGAGGAGCAACAACAACAACACCAAGACAAUAGCCAAGAAGGGGAGAUCCAAAAAGCUGAGCGGACACAAGGGACAAGGAGGACUCUCUGGCCGCUUAACACGCCAUGUGCCGUCAUCGAGCGGGCCAGUUGUCCUGAUCAGCGGGUCAUCAGGACCACGCUGAGGUUCGUGACGGAGGCCAUCGAGCAGGAGGGGAGUCGCCCACCCGGAUUGCUCGUCGUGGGGCGAGCGUGCGAGGCGCUGUAUGCGCCGGAGAAGGGCCGCUCGUGGGUUGUGGAGGAUGGAUUCAAGGGGCUAGAUCUGGAUCUGGAGGGUGAUUUCGCAUCCGGCGGGUUUGGAAUUGCAAGCAUGGCGUAA